AUGACAGAUCUGCAUAUUGGGCAUUACCCCAAUGCCAUCCAGGGUAUGGCUCUUGGAGAAGGAUAUGCUCAGGAUAUACCGUUUUAUGUCAAGUCAUGGCCUGUUCCAUCACGCGUGUCACACAAAUCACAUAUUGACCCGCAUGGGUCGAAGGCAUGGGCAAAAAGGGAUGCGGAUCCGCAAUUUCCUUCGACACGUGUCACUGACGGAUGUAUUUGGCGUGAACAUGGAGUGUGGGACUGGGAUGAGGAAAAGAAUAAGCCCGUUGUUUUACAAGCUGACUACUUUGAUGUGGAUCCUCGCCCAGGCUAUGGGCGCCAAGCAAUCGAGUGGUACCGCGAUUUUUAUGGGCCGUUCGCUUUAAAAUUCCAGGAAAGGCUUUCUCAAGUACAUCCGAAUGCUUUGUUCUUCGUGGAACCUAUUCCUAACGAGUUUAUGCCUCAUUGGUCCGCUGGACAAGGCUCUCCGGUCCCUGGCACAACCCAAACAUCCAUUGCUCUCGCCCGACCAGAGCGCUUUGUGUACGCACCACAUUUCUACGAUUUAAAUGUUUUAUUUUUUAAGGCUUAUACCGGAAUGAGUGUAAAUGUACAGGCUUUGAGUCGGGGUGCAUUCAUUCUCAAGGCACUAUAUUUUGGUUCCUACGGACUCAUGCGCAAGUAUGUAUAG